UUUCUUCGAGUAUGGCACUUGCUUCUUUAUUUUUUCUUACAUCUCUUCUGCAGGUGGGGUACAACGUUGUAACGCCACGUCAACGGAAUGUUGGGAAGGUUCGUGGCUAUACUUUCAAUAUUAACUCAGGGGCAGUAGAAUCUCUGGAGCUUGAUUCCUUGGGAAUAUCCAUAAUACCAUCCACCUUGGUCAGCACCUACGGUUUAUUUGUUGAGGAUGUGGUUGACGUUUUAUCAGAUACCAUCGUUGUUCAUGAAGCUGCAGCCUCGCGCCUACAGAGACUUACUAAGGGAUUAUGGGAUGCCCAGAAAAUGGCUUACUCUGCAGAUGAAAUGCAAGAUUAUAGCAACUUAAGAAACACACGUGCUAAGCCGGAGUAUAGCAGAAGUCGUAAAAAAUCUUCAGGAAAAAAGUUACGGAAGAAACUGAAAGAACUUGCUGAUGAUUGGGACCUCCCUAUGGAUUUCUUUUAAUCUGCUAGAUUUUCCACAAUGUAUAUCACACCAAAAGGACACUGAUUCUCUGUCCUUUCUC